CACGCAGCCACGCGAUAACAGUCUAAAAGUAGUGAAUUGUCGUUAUGUUCUUGGCCGGUUUGUGCGCUUUUUUUUAUUGUUAAAAAUCCGGAGAAAAACAUAACGUGUCUAUAAAUUUUUAUUUAUUACGAUCAACGAACAAUAUUUUACUUUGUCAGUGAUAAAAGAAAAUGGUUAACACUAUGAAACUAUCAAUUGGUUCGCGAUGUGUCAAAUAUCUCAUGUUUAUCUUCAAUCUGCUCUUCGUUAUAACAGGAAUAAUUUUAUUAUCCAUUGGCGUUGCGAUUCAUGGAGUAUAUCACAGCUAUCAGCAUUUCUUGGAUAAUAAAUUUUUGUCUGUUCCGUCGUUACUCAUCGCAAUCGGUGCAAUCAUCUUCUUUAUCGCCUUCUUCGGAUGUUGCGGCGCCGUUCGUGAGAAUUAUUGCAUGAUUGUUACGUUUACAUCGUUACUAGUCGUUGUCUUUAUUAUGGAACUCUCAGGUGGUAUAUCUGGAUACGUUUUGAGAGCCAGAGCAUCGUCGAUCAUUCAAGAAAACAUGAUAGACACAAUGAAGUCGUACCAGAACAACUCAGAAAUAAAAUACGUUUGGGAUAAAGUUCAAAUCGAUUUCCAUUGUUGUGGAAUGAAUAAUGCGACCGACUGGACGAACAGUUUGAAUUCGGAAGUCCUUCCUCCAACAUGUUGUAACAAUCAACUGGGAGCAGGAGAAGGAAAUUGUACCCGUAAUUCCUCUACCUUUCAUAACGAGGGUUGUUACCACGAGUUCCUUUCUUUCAUUAAAUCCCACGCCGUUCAACUGGGCGCUGUUGGCCUUGGUAUUGCCUUUGUUCAGGCCCUAGGCGUCUGGUUCUCAGUUUACCUGGCGCGAUCGAUCAGAAACAGUUAUGAAAGUGUAUGAAAUGUUGAAAGAUAUCAGGUGAAAACUACCCCUAAUCGAUGCUUAAUUGUAAGAAGAAAACAUCGUUAUAGUGUUAAGGAAUGAAGUACAUAUAAAAUGAAAUAUUUUAUAUAUAUGUAAAGUUUGCUAUUAAGAAACUGUGGAUUCAUGGAGUACAUAUGUGAAUGUACAUGACCGCGUAUGCUUCCGUUUGAACAUAAUGUAAACGUCUUGUGAGAUUUUAAUUAGUAGAAAAGAAAACAAUAUUGUAUCCAACCAUCUUUUUGUGCAAUAAAAGAUACUACAAUUUGUUGAAGGA